UUUGCUGGUUUAGGAGUUUUGCUCCGCCCCCCCGGUGUUUGUCGUAAACCUGGCUCCUGGCUCCAAUAAACCCGGGCUAAGAGCGCCCUGGGCUCGCCUCCUUCUCCAAGGCGAUCAAUAGGAUCUCAGGCGCACUCCAAGCACUCUCUUACGUAGACAUCCACCAAGGAGAGAGCCGAUACAACAACACGGUUGAUCUGCUCAAACACAAAAAUUCUACCUGCUUUCUGAAUCAUGUCGUUGAGCCCAAAGCAUACAACGCCUUUUUCAGUGACAGAUAUUUUGAGUCCAAUCGAGGAGACCUACAAGAAGUUCAGUGGCAUGGACAGCGCAGGGAACCUAACCUCUUCACUGGGAGCCUACCGACAACCUCAGGUGUCUCAGACCGGCAUGCAACAGCACUCGAUGGGCCACAACGCCACCGUGGCCACCACUUACCACAUGCCGCACACCGUCUCCCAGUUCUCCCACGGCGCAAUGGGGGGAUACUGCAACGGGAGCAUUGGCAAUAUGGGAGACCUCCCGUCGUACCAGGAAAGCAUGCGGAAUACUGCAGCAGCUACAGGAUGGUACAGCGCCAACCCUGAUCCAAGAUAUUCCACAAUUUCUAGAUUCAUGGGACCUUCCACAGGUAUGAACAUGAGUGGCAUGGGGAGCCUGACGGGGAUGGGAGACGCCAGCAAAGCCAUGCCAGCUCUGCACGCUGCGCCCAGGAGGAAAAGGCGCGUGCUGUUCUCGCAGGCUCAGGUCUACGAGCUGGAGAGGCGGUUCAAGCAGCAGAAAUACCUGUCGGCACCCGAAAGAGAGCACCUGGCCAGCAUGAUCCACCUGACGCCGACCCAGGUGAAAAUAUGGUUCCAGAACCACCGGUACAAAAUGAAGCGCCAGGCCAAGGACAAGGCGGCGCAGCAGAUGCAGCAACAGCAGCAACAGGACGGUAACCUGUGCCAGCAGCAGGCGCAGUCCCCGCGGCGCGUCGCAGUGCCUGUUCUGGUGAAGGACGGCAAGCCGUGUCAGAACGGCUCCAACACACCGACGCCGAAUCAGCAACAGGUUCAACAGAGCCAACAACAGAGUCAACAGCAGAACGGAGGUGGAGUGGUGCUCGCGUCUUCGGCCGGAAGCCUCGGGCAGCAUCAAAGCCAGCAGCAGGUGAACGCUUUGGAGCUGGAGGAGAUGUCGCCCAGUCCGCCUUCAUUGCACAGUCAGCUGAACAUGGCCCAGAUAGACACAUCUGCUGUAGAUUACACCAGUAACAUGGUCAGCUCAAACCUCCUGUACGGAAGAACGUGGUAGGACUUCCAAAAGUACUGUUACUGUCCAGUCCUAUGUGAACCUGCGGAUGAGCCAA